GCGGACGGAGCACCACCAAUGCCGUCACUCCAUCGGUUACUUCAUCGCUGCAAGCACCGACGGAACCGCCAUGGCUUCGGUCUCUCCGUGCUCCGUUCGCUGGAGCUCGAGCUCCGCCGCGUCGGCUCCUCCUUCUUUCUCCCGCUCGUCGCCAACCGACGCGUUUCCGCGGGGGCGGCGCGCGUUCCGACUUCGCGGCGGGGACGUGAACGGACUUCCCCGCGCGCUCUCCGUCAGGGCCGAGGCCGGCGUUUCGAAGGAGGACGUCGUCAUCGUCGGAGCCGGCAUCGCGGGCCUGGCCACCUCGCUGUCGCUCCACAGGCUUGGAGUCAAGUCCCUGGUGCUUGAGCAGGCGGAGUCGCUCAGGACUGGUGGGACCUCGCUCACUCUGUUCAAGAAUGGGUGGCGAGUGCUGGAUGCGAUUGGGGUCGGGAGUGAUCUUCGGACUCAGUUUAUUGAAAUCCAAGGGAUGGUAGUAAAAUCAGAAGAUGGGAGGGAGCUGCAGUCGUUUAGGUUCAAGGAUGAGGAUGACAGCCAAGAGGUCCGUGCAGUCGAGAGGAGAAUACUUCUGGAGACUUUUGCUGAUCAGCUACCACCUGGGGCUAUCCGAUUUUCAUCGAAGCUAGCAAAGAUUGGCAGAAGUGAAAAUGGAGAAACUCUGUUGGAACUUGUGGAUGGGACUCGUAUAUCUGCAAAGAUUGUGAUUGGUUGUGAUGGUGUUCGAUCUCCAGUAGCCAAAUGGAUGGGCUUCUCCGAGCCUAAGUAUGUUGGCUAUUGUGCUUUCCGUGGUCUAGGAUUUUAUCCUGAUGGUCAACCCUAUGAACCACGGGUGACUUACGUCUACGGUAGAGGGUCGCGUGCCGGAUAUGUCCCUGUUUCUCCAACUAAAGUUUACUGGUUUGUCUGCUUCAACAGCCCUUCUCCAGGUCCGAAGAUCACUGAUCCAUCCAUAUUGAAGAAUCAAUCACGAGAACUAGUUCGAAACUGGCCUUCAGAGCUAUUGGACAUCAUAGAUCGUACUCCAGGUGACACAAUCAUUCGGACUCCGCUGGUUGAUCGGUGGUUGUGGCCUACGGUAAGCCCUUCUGCUUCAUCCGGUAGCGUCGUGCUGGUAGGGGAUGCAUGGCACCCGAUGACACCGAAUCUAGGGCAAGGCGCAUGCUGUGCUCUGGAGGAUGCGGUCGUUCUGGCUAGAAAACUCGCGAAUGCAGUCAAUUCUGGGAAUGGAUCAGUUGAAGGCGCACUAAAAUCGUACGAGAGCGAGAGGUGGCCCCGUAUCUUCCCUUUAACAGUACGGGCGAACCUGGUCGGUUCGCUUCUGCAGUGGGAAAACCCAGUUGUUUGUUCUGUUCGGAACAAUGUGGUCAUACCUAAGCUGCUUAGGAUUGGACCUAUGCUGGAACACACAAAUUUUGCUUGUGAGCCUUUAUAGAAAAAAGAGGGGAACGCUGCUCAUGCUAUUCCCGGCAAGCCGCUUUCAGGAGCCAUCCUCGGAGUUGCACUCUAUUUUCAAGUGAUCGCGGACGUUCUGGCUCGUUUUGGGAACAACUUAUGUAAUAACACUGUAUGUUUUUUACAUGUUGAUGUACCUGCAUAUCAUGGACAAAUCAAAUGUACAGAGGAAAGUUCCCACUCCA